CUUCGAGUGUAUGCUUUAGUAGUUUUCUUACUGUCAACAAGUCAACAUUUAAGUUUUACAUACCUUUGAGUGACUAUCUGAAACGAUCGCUUCUGGCCAACCAUUGCGACUAUGGCGGAUUCGAAUGAAGACGAAACAAAUGAAAUACCUUCCAAAGUUAUGGCAUCGGUCAACACACUUUUGGAUUUAAAAUUCGGCAAUAAAAACUACACAUACAAAAUCGAGCUUGUGGGCAAAAAAGGUGACAAUUACAUGGGCAUUGUAUAUCGCAUUGAUGUGUGCGCAACUAACCUGGAAAAAAGAAACAUGAAACUUAUUCUUAAAGUGCCGCCCCAAAAUCCAUUGAGAAGAAACCAAUUUUUUGCCAGACCAGGAUUUCUGAGGGAAGCUCUAGCCUACGAUCAUUUUCUCCCCCUUGCCUAUGAAUUCCAAACAGCCAAAGAUCUUAAAGCUUGUUCAAUAUUUUGUGAAUAUCCCAAAUGUCAUUUUACCAUGACCGAAGAGUUUAAUGAAGCCAUUUGUAUGAAUGAUUUGCAAGAAACCGGCUAUUACAUGCAUGACCGAUUUGAAGCCUUGACCUACGAACAUGUAGCCUUGGUAAUGGUCAUCUAUGGGAAAUUACAUGCAACUUCACUUGCAAUGAAAGAUCAAACUCCCGAAAAACUAACGACUUUAAAGCAGAUUGUCGAUAUCUUUGUCCAAAGAAAGGAUGAUCCCCAGUUAAAUGACUACUUCGAAAGCCUCAAGAAAAGUGCCUUAGGAAGCCUCGACCGAAAGAGGGAUAGUGAUUAUUGGUGUAAAUUGACUUCCUACUUCCAACAAGGCACAUUUUAUGAACUAAUGUUAAAAUUAUUGCAUGUCAACGGUAGUGAACCAUAUGCGGUUGUGUGUCAUGGCGAUUGUUGGAUAAACAACAUCUUGUUUAAAUAUGAAAAUGGAAAAGUGGCAGAUGCCUGUUUACUUGACUGGCAGAUUAUGAGAUAUGGUUCGCCAAUUAUUGAUUUAAUGUAUUUUUUAAUGUCUUGCACAACGCAGGAAUUUCGGCACCAGCAUUUCAACGAAAUGAUAAAUAUAUACCACACCUCAGCAGCGGAACACAUAACAAAAUUGGGUUCGGACCCAAAGGUAUUGUAUCCUCGCCAAGAGUUGGAAAAACAAUUAAAAACGAAAGGAGCCAUAGGCCUACUUUUUGCCAUGAUUGUUUUGCCCAUACUGACAACCAAAAGCGAAGAUGUGCCCGACUUGGAAGAACUUAGUGAAAAGGUUUCAGCCGGAAAAUCAACAGAUGCCAUGGAAGCUGGAUUCGUAGGAGCCAAAUCGGCAAUAUUCAAUGAAAGAAUGAGAGGCAUUAUUUGCGAUACCAUAGAUUGGGGUCUUAUUUAAGGAUUUCGAAAACUUUAUCACACAUAUAAAGUGCAUUGUUUUUCUUAAAAUAUUUAUGCUCACCUUAAUAUCAGCUAUUAUGUUAUUGA